AUGAAUAGCCAAUAUAUUCGUCAUGAAGUACGGGGAUGUGAAACUAGUGACCUGAGGAACUUCUGGGAAAAGACUAUUGAACAACAAACUCGGUAUCUGCAAAUUGAAAAAGAACGUCAGCGAAGAAGUGCUCUGACAAAGCUCAGAAAUGAAUGGAUGGAGAGACUGGAAAAACGGAUAAAGAUGUUGAGGACCCAAUCUGAAGAUCCAUCUAGCUGA